GAAACAAGAGCAUCUUCGAGGUUUAGCUUUAAUAUCUAUACAAAAAUAUUUUAUAAUUAGCAGAAUGAGUUUCUCGAUAUCUAUACGUUUGUUGAUUUGUAUGGUGGUAUUCUUACAAUCGUGUUGUAGAGGAUUAAGACAGCCUUGUAAUGCUUCAAAAAUAGAUUCUGGUUCUCAAUGGAAUAAUAAGUUCGUUUGUAAAGAUGGUUUGGAAAUAAACUCAACAAACUGGUACCUAAAUCUCAAACUCGAUGAUAUAGAAGAAGAAAUUAAGUCUGCUGUCAAAAACUUAGAAUAUGAAGAUAAUAUUGUCGAGGAUUUAAUAACGGCUGCUAAUGUUCAUAUUACAUCAUUGACAAACCCAGUUCGUGCACAACAGAUUGAAUCUAAGCUUUUCAGAGACGGAUAUCCAGGAUAUCGAAAUGCCGAACUUAUUACUGAUGUUUCGCGCCUUAUAAACGAUAAAUAUUGUCAAAUAUACAAUAAUAGUGCUAUACAAUGUGCCAAACAAUUAACGAAAAUAAAACUAGACAGGACAUCUUUGGGUGAGAUGUGUUUAUCCGAGUAUUACAACAAAACUGCCUGCAUCGGGAAGAAUUUUAUGUAUCGUAGUGCUGAUGGUUCUUGUAACAACUUGAAACGUUCCUCAUUGGGAAAGUCAACCACGGCAUAUAAACGUUUGCUGUCUCCAAUCUACUUAAAUGGUGUUGACACGAUUAGAACAAUAGAUCUACCCAAACCUAGAUAUCUAAGCAAUGUAUUUGUAAAUGAAGAGCACACGCCUGACCCCGUAAAAACUAUGGCAAUGGCGUACUGGACGAUGUUUAUAGGCCACGAUCUAUCACACACGGCAAUGUCUAAUAUGAGGAAAUCAAAAAUACCGUUGAACUGUUGUUAUGAUAACGGAACGAACCUACCUUCUCCACUAAGACAUAAUCUGUGCAUGGAAGUAGAGAUACCGGAGGACGAUUAUAUUUUUGUUAGUCCACGUAAACUUAGAAAUUGCAUGAACUACGUGCGUUCGGUAUCAGCGGUGCGUUCAGAUUGUACACUUGGACCCAGGGAACAAAUGAACCAAGCUACUCAUUAUUUAGACGGGUCAAUGAUUUACGGUUCUACGGAGAAGAAGAUGCGGUCGUUGAGGACCAAGUCGAAUGGCCAACUCAUGACGAAUAUAAACUACAAAAGACGAAGUGAACCGCAAUAUAUGCCGCGGGAAGACGAUGAUAACGCGUGCCAGUAUGGCAUAGGCACGUGCUACAAGGCUGGUGACGUCCGGGCAAGCGGGCUUCCCCAACUGACAGUUUUGCAUACACUGUGGAUGAGAGAACACAACCGGUUGGCCAAACAGCUGUCCUACAUCAACCCACACUGGGGUGACGAACGCAUUUUCCAGGAAGCCAGGAAAAUCGUAAUAGCGUCCAUACAGCACAUCACGUACGCUGAGUGGUUACCGGCUCUCCUUGGUGAAAACUACACCAGGCAAAACGGACUGGAUCUGUUGACAGAAGGGUACAGCAACGCGUACAACGAGACUGUCGAUCCGGCCGUUAGCAACAGUUUCGCGACCGCCAUACUACCAUUCAGCAAUUCAAUGAUCAGUGAUAAAUUCAAAUUAUAUUCGGAAGACCGAAAAGAGGAACAAGGGGAACUUUUGCUAAAUGAACAUUUCAACAUACCAAAUCAUGUAAUGGUACAUUUCUUGGAUCAACUUGUCAGGGGACUAGCUACGCAGAAUACGCUUGAAGUCCAUAUGGGAUUUUCAUCAGAGAUGAUCAAUUACUUAUACUUGUAUCGUCCAUCAAUACUAGGUUAUGAUUAUUAUGGAAUGGACGUAUUAGGCUUGGCUAUACAACGAAACCGCGAUCACGGUAUUCCAAGCUACAAACAAUUUAGAAAAUAUUGCGGGCUAAAAGAUAUAGGAAAUAAACAAGAUAUGUUAGAGAUCAUUAAUCCGAAAGUAUUGAAGGUGUAUAGAGCUUGGAACGAUAUAGAGCUAUUGGUAGGUGCAUUAUUUGAGAAACACGAAGACGACGCAAUGGUUGGCCCGACGAUGAGGUGUAUCAUUAGAGAACAGUUUAUUAGAACCAGAAUUGCAGAUAGAUAUUUCUAUGAUUUACCAAAAGUAUUCAACGAAUAUCAACUGGCAGAAAUCAGAAAAGUGUCACUUGCCAGAGUCUUUUGUGAUAACAGUGAUAAUAUCACAACGAUGCAGAAAAAUGUAUUUUUAAAACCUACAACUCCUGAUUUGCAACUUUGUAAUUCACAUUCAAUUCCAAAAAUCAAUCUCAAUCAUUGGUUUGAGAAGGUCGAUACAAUUUGAAAAUAACUGCAUACAAAACAUUGAUAUAUUUAUUAAUUAUUAAUUUAUUGAAAAAUCAGUAUUGAAAUUGUUAAUAAUUAUUUUAAGUUUUUGUAUAAAAAUAUCAAUAAAUAUUA